AUGCACUCACAAACUUCAGCGUCCGUGAUUGAUGGUGAAUCAACAACAACAACAACAACCACACCACGAGAGAAUUCAAAGAAGAGAAAACCCCAGCCCUCUUCUUCAAACAACAACAACAAGAAGAGUAAGAGCAAAAGAGAAGAACACCAAGAUGAUCUCUUUGAAAAUGACUAUGAUGAUACCAUGGAUUCUAAUUUGUUGAACAUGAAUGAUGAUGAUGACCAUAUGGAUGAUGAAGAAUUAUCGACCAACAUCAACACUACUUCUUCUUCUACAACCAGCACUCCUACUACUGCAACACCAUCCACAAAAAAAACAUUUUUCCCUUUUGCAAUUUCUCUUUCUUACAAUGGAAUACCAUUCAAUGGAUUACAAAUUCAAUGUGGUGAUAAUUUGAAAAAACAUCCUCAUGUCUUGACGAUUGAAGCAGUGUUAUUGGAUGUAUUAUUUGGAGAUGAUGGUAAUUCGAGUACAAGUGAAACAACAAGUGAACAAACUACAACCACCACUCGUACGACCUCGAUGUCAAGUGACUCGACUACAAGUGACUUGAUUACAAGUGACUCGACUACAAGUGACUUGACUACAAGUGAAACUACUACUACUACUACUACUACUACUACUACUAAUAAUACAAUGAUUGCCAUUCGUGGUUCUAUGAAUACCACCAUUCCAUCCUCAUCCAUGAAUACCACCAUUCCAUCCAAUGUAGUGAAUAACUCCUCUCCAUUUAAAUUCAUCAAAUCUAAAAAUUUAAAACAUGUCAAAUUACAACGUGCAUGUCGAACCGAUCGAGGAGUCAGUGCAGUAAGAAAUGUACUUGCAUGUGUCAUGACAUUACCAAAUAUUCAUAACAACAAGGAUACCUUUACAUUUAAUUUAAAUGAUUUAUUGAAAGAAUUAAAUACAAGAAUUAAUAAUCAUCAUAGAAUUCAACAAUUAAAUUUACAAGAUCAAGUAAGAAUUGUAAAUGUACAAAGAGUACCUGCUCGAUUUAUAGUACAUCAUUGGUGUCAAUUUAGAAGAUAUUUAUAUCUAUUACCUCUCAAUGCAUUAGAUUUGAGUCAUAGAAAUAUUCUCAUGACAUGCACCAAUGUAUUUAAUUUACAAAGUAUGGAACAAAAGAUUGAAAAGAUGAAUGAAUUAUUUUCAUAUUUUGAAGGAAGACAUUUUUUUCAUAAUUUUACAGUCGAUGUGACUCCUGGAAGUGAUACAAGUGUGAGACAUGUCAAGUCCAUGAAGAUCAUUCAAGUUGUCGAAGAGAAGGAUUUAGAGAAACAUGAGAAGAAUUUAGAGAAUGAGAAGAAUUUAGAGAAUCAGCAGUAUGUAUUGAAAGAGAAGAAUUUGAAAGAUAAUGAAAAGGAUUUGAAAGAGAAUCAUUUGAAAGAGAAGAAUUUAGAGAAUGAGAAUAAUUUGAAAGAGAAUGAGAAGAAUUUAGAGAAACAUGAGAAGAAUUUGAAAGAAUCAACAAGUCAUGUACUCCCUCAUCUCAUGAUUGAAAUUAGUGGUAGAAGUUUCAUGUUGCAUCAAAUUAGAAUGAUGAUUGGAACAGUGAUUGCAUUGAUGAGAGGAUUAUGUCCAUCCUUUAAUCAACAUUUAUUGAAUGCAACUAGUACUGCUACUAGUACUGCUACUAGUACUGCAACUACUGAUACUACUCCUACUUCUGCUACUAGUUCUACUACUCCUACUUCUGCUACUACCACUGCAACUACUACACCUACUACUCCUACUACUAAGGGAGAGGAGGACUUGACAAACACUUCUUCUACGACUCAUAAGACUCCAACAACAAAUGCAAGUUGUACUGAAAGGAUGACAUCAUCAUCAUGUCCACACUCAUCCAUUAUUGCAACUUUCUUUGAAGACAAGUUAUUCUCCAAAGAUUCGCAAAUACUUGUUCCCAUGGCACCCAGUGAAGGAUUGUUUUUAGAUUUAUUAGACUUUCCAAAUUACAAUACGAAUAUUGUAAAGAAACCAUUUUUACCAAUUGCAUGGCAUGGUGAAUUGAAUGAUCAGGCUGAGCAAUUUAAGAAUCAAGUCAUUGUUCCAAAUAUUCUUCAAGUACUCAAAGAAAAGAAUGUCAUGCUGAAUUGGUUGGUAGAAUUGCACUGUAACAAGUCGAAAUACUUUGUCAAACCACCACCAACACCCUCAAAAAAGAAAAAGUAA